AUGCUUCCAGCACCAGCAAACACCUCGGUACUGGGAAAUGUCAUAUCCAAGCUUAUAUCCGUAGUAACCAUCCUCGGCCUGUCCCUUGUCGUCUUCGCCUACCGGCGGACUCUGACGCCGCUCUACGGCACAGCUCCUACCGACCACCACUUCAAUAAAAUUGUAUGGCUCGCCUGUAUUGCUGGUAGCUUUGCGCCUGCUCUGUCCGCCUCGCGUGCAACCCUCGCUGCUGGAAUCCUACUAUGUAUCAUGCCUCACACAGCCUAUUGGCUCGCUGUCUUCAGCGGACGGCUGGGCAGUCCUACAUGGGGACCAGUCCUUACACACUUGACCGUGAUUGUCCCUGCUAUAUUUCUUGGAUUUUCAAUCGUCAAAGCAGUUCAGCAAAACGUAGAGCAAGAAAACGCUAAUGCUCCUCAACAAAUGAUUACUCUUCCUGUGGCUCAGACAACAAUCAUGACACUGCAGGACUUAUGGCCUGCUGUGCCCUACCUCAAAGAAGCAUCGGAAAGUCAAGUUCUUUUGUAUGCGGGAACCCUGUUGCUUGUAGUAUGGGCUAUCUCACCUUUAUUGCCCACUAUUCCUUCGGUGGAACUCCCACCGAUACAACUCGUGGAAGCACCAGCGAAUGUAGGUUCCGCCAAAGCAAUCAAGUCGAAAGGUCAACACAAGAAGAAGUCUUCCAUGGCUAGAUCAUCUGUAUCUGUGCCAAUAGAGUCAAAGCGACAUCCCUUGCCAUCGACUCCGAACUCCACAAGCCAAAGCUAUGGGCGGCUCUUCGUGCUCCCGCUCCUGUUCGUGCUGACCAUGACCAGUCUUCAAUCACCCACGCUCCCGAAACCCCUUCUCAGUGUCUACAAUCACCCCUCCUACCCACUCCGUAUACUCUCCUCUGUUCCCUCGCGAUACUCUGGUGUCCUCGUUGUCGGCGAGGCCCUCCCGCCAACAGAGGGUCAGCCCAUUGUGGGGAACUUGCACUCAAUGCGGUAUUUGCGCGCAGGGCAUUCGCUACUUGGAGGCACCUGGAUGGGAAGUAUGGCAACGGCUGGGCGCGAGAGAUCCGACCCUGCUGCGAGAGAUGAGGCAGGCGAGCCUUUGGGCGAAUCCAUUUAUCACGCUUUCAUGAUGCAGGAGGCAGUGAGAUUAGCGAAACGGCCUGACGGGAAUGAGCAUGAAAGUGCUCUUGUAAUUGGUCUUGGUAUUGGCACGUCGGCUUCCGCGCUUUUACAGAACGGAGUGUCGACCACUGUUGUUGAGAUUGACCCUGCCGUAUAUGACGCCGCAAGACGAUUCUUCGCGUUUCCCGAGCUCGAUCCUGAGAAGAUCGUUCUCAGGGAUGCUAGAGGAUGGGUAAGAGAACGUAAACUUAUGAUAGAGAACGAGACAUCGUCAGAGUAUACCGCGCAACAAGACAAACAACCCUUGGAGCUUUACGACAUGGUCCUGCACGACGUAUUCUCUGGUGGUGGUCUCCCGGCACACGUCUUCACACAACAAUUCUGGAAUGACACAAAGCAUCUAAUGCAUCCUGAUGGUGUGCUAGCUGUGAAUUUUGCGGGACAACUCGACUCUGAAUCGUCUCGUGCAAUCAUACUCACUCUAGAGUCUGUCUUUGGAGCGUGUCGUGCGUUCAGUGACGAGCUGAAUCCAGAUCAAGAAGCGCGCAGUCAAUACCACAAUUGGGUGUUCUUUUGCACACCGUCAAAUUCUGCGCUUACAUUCCGAGCGCCACGUACAUCCGACUAUUUGGGAUCAUUGCAGCGUCGACAGAUCUUCAGUACACUCUCACAGCGAGAGAUUGAUCUUGCGCCAGUGCGCGAUGGUGUUUCCGAAAAGCAACGAUCGCAGUAUAUUUUGACAGAUGCUAGCAAUUCACUCGGGAAAUGGCAAGAGACAGAGGCUUUGCAUCACUGGUCUAUCAUGCGGGAGGUGCUUCCCGAUACUAUAUGGGAAACAUACUAG